UAUUUUAUAGCAUUUAAGCUCGCGAACUUUUGCUAUGUAAGUUGGCCAAUUGUUCUUUUGUUGUACAUAGAUCCUUAUUUAUUUAUUUUUUAUACCGUUUGAGGCUCAGCUCAGGUAUUAACAUUUUUUAUUUUCUUUAUCCGAUUACUCGAUUAUUCGAACUAACUAGUUCAUCGAUUCAUCGUCUACUAAGAUAAUCGAUAGCUGCAGCCCUACGUGUAAUGUUAGCAUACCGUACAUCUAUUCAGCCUGUUGUUCUUUAUUCUAUUUUUAUUUUAAAUUGCCUUUCAAGAUGACUGUGCUUAUGUUGAAUUUGAUCAAACACAUUUCCUGCAAAAAUGUGACUUAUACAGGUAGUUAGCCUCCGGAUACAUGGUAACAGUGUCUCGUCCGCCAUUUUCCGCAAAUUUUUUUUUUUUUAACUUUAUUAUAGUAAUAAGACUUGUAUUACAUGUUUUCGGAUAGUUAUUUUGAGAUUUAGGGAGUAUUUAGGGGUACUUAAAGGGUAAAUUCUGACUUAAGCGGAAAUUCGGGUUAUGUCACCAGAGUAGGAACUCGUUCAUAACCCGGCGACUACCUGUACUCCGUUGCGACUUACAUGUUUUUUUCCUCUUCAUUUUUUGGCUGGGGCUACGUAUACUCAGGUAUGAUUUAUAAUCUGAAAAAUACUGUAAUGUUACUGCGGUGCUGCAUAAAAAAGAAAACAGUUUACAUUUAAUUUACACAGUAUGAAAUUAUUAAUGAUGUUGUAAUACUGCACUAUUCCAUAACGAAAUGGCUUUUUACUGUGAGCCGGACAAAGUUAACAAAAUUUUGUAAUCGUAAGACCGCUGUACUUUUUGAAGUAUCCACUGAGUGAAGAUAUCUGUCCAUGAAUGUAAGCAGGAACACACAAAUCCAAAACACUGCCUUUGGGUGAUUAGUAGGCAAAUGUAGGUUACAAAUAUAGUCCCUAUUCCAAAGUGUAAACUCCUUAGAAUGAAUUUGCUGUCUAUACGCUGCUGGCUUUGCUGCACACACACUCACAUAUUUUUUAGUGUUUCAUCAAUGUCUGUUGUCAUUUUAUUGCGUCACCCUCCGUCUGUUGCUUUUCUGUGUCACAUGCCAAUGACGCAACCAUCACCAACGCACCUUUAGUCCACAUCCACAAGAAUGUGAGGAAGUGCCUGUCAAAAUAAAAGACUAACAUCCUUCUAGAACAUAAACUUGAUAGAAUAAGAAACUUGUCAGGUUAAUGUGCGUAAGAUGUGUACUUGAUAGAAAGAGUAUUUCAUGAUACAAACAAGGUUUCUUCAAAUUAAAAUACUUUUAUUGCAUAAUUUCUUCUAUUGAUGUGGCUUACAGUAGAGUUGUUAAAUGUUAAUUUGAUUAGUUUCACCUUUUUAAUUUUGUAUUCAUGCUACUGACAUGACAUGAUUGAAAAAGAGAACAGAAUACAUGAUUGAUAAGUAAAUUUCAUUUGCAAUGUUUUGUUCAUAUUUCAAGUUUGUGUUUUUGGGUAUGCACUGGCUCUUGCACGCCAGACUACUAUGUAGCGGCAUACAGCUAAAUAUUACAUGGCAGACAGUCUGGGCUCUCAUUUUAGGGGGGUGUAGGGAAGAUGAAGGUUUGUUGGUGAAUAAAUUAGUCAGCAGGGUGGACUAACCAGUUUUCUGGGUUUGUUUUAUAAGUGGUUGAACCGAUCAACUGUAAAGUAAAACACAUUCAGGCAAUAUAGGGAUAUUUGCUUUAGGCAUGGGAUAAAAACAUGUUUUAGCUUUUCAUUAAUUUAGCAUAUUGAGCUAAUUUAAUUGCAAUGAAGUUGUAUUUGCUUGCGAAUUGAGCAUUCACAGGUAUGACUUUUUUUUUUUUUUAAAGGUCACCUAUAUCACGCGCAAGAUGUCAUUCCUGACUAACGAAUUAUUUCGAGGCAACUAAGGAAAAGACCACUUUCAGGUCAUUGUGAGUGCUGCUAAAGAUGUCUGAUAGUGUCGAUAUUGAAGAGAAACCACCUGCCCCUCCCUUGAGAAUGAACAGUAGUUCCAGAGACUCUUCAUCUGUGAAUCCCGCCUCUAAACCGCUUCCAAUGGCUCCUGAAGAGAAAAUUAAGAAAGUGCGUCUGCGUUCCAUCUUCCAAGGAGGAGAUAAGACAAACAAGAAGAAAGAGAAGGAGCGUCCUGAGAUAUCGCUUCCUUCUGACUUUGAACACACCAUCCAUGUUGGCUUUGAUGCAGUAACAGGAGAAUUCACUGGCAUUCCAGAGCAGUGGGCACGCCUCCUCCAGACCUCCAACAUCACCAAGCUUGAGCAGAAGAAGAACCCCCAAGCUGUGUUAGAUGUCCUCAAGUUCUACGACUCCAAAGAGACGGUCAACAACCAGAAGUACAUGAGCUUCACCUCAGGAGACAAAUCAGCCCACGGUUACAUAGCAGCAAACACUCUGAACCGUCUGCUGUCAUCUGGGCCUCCGGUCAGCCUUAGAACCUGCAGCGCAUUAUUUGACAAGCAAGGUGCCAAAACAUCGACAUCUGAACCUCCGAUUGCUCCACCUGUGUCAGAAGAGGAGGAUGAGGAAGAGGAGGAAGAAGAAGAGGAUGAGGAAGAAGAGGAGGAGGACGAUGACGACGAACUACCCCCUGUCAUCGCGCCUCGACCCGAGCACACCAAAUCAAUUUACACUCGCUCAGUCAUGGACCCGCCUAAGCCUCCGACUCCUAUCAAAGAGGUUGUGACGCCACCAGUGUCCCAGGUCCAGCCGGACAACACAUCGAGCACAAUGUAUCGCCACACUGACCGCCAGAGGAAAAAGUCUAAAAUGACAGAUGAGGAGAUCCUGGAGAGACUCAACUCAGGGAGUAUCGUGAGUGUGGGGGAUCCCAAAAAGAAGUACACACGCUUUGAGAAAAUAGGACAAGGAGCUUCUGGCACGGUGUAUACCGCCAUCGACGUAGCAACCGGCCAAGAGGUGGCCAUCAAGCAGAUGAACCUACAGCAGCAACCCAAGAAGGAGCUGAUUAUCAAUGAGAUCUUGGUGAUGAGGGAAAACAAAAACUCAAAUAUAGUCAACUACCUGGACAGUUACUUGGUAGGAGACGAGCUUUGGGUAGUGAUGGAGUAUUUAGCCGGUGGCUCUUUGACCGAUGUCGUGACUGAGACCUGCAUGGACGAGGGCCAGAUUGCAGCAGUUUGCAGAGAGUGUCUACAAGCAUUGGAUUUCCUGCACUCCAACCAAGUGAUCCACAGAGACAUAAAAAGUGACAACAUCCUUUUGGGAAUGGAUGGAUCCGUCAAACUCACCGAUUUUGGAUUCUGCGCCCAGAUAACUCCAGAGCAAAAUAAGCGCAGCACAAUGGUGGGAACACCCUACUGGAUGGCACCAGAAGUGGUGACCCGUAAGGCUUACGGGCCAAAGGUGGACAUCUGGUCUCUGGGAAUCAUGGCCAUUGAAAUGGUUGAAGGAGAACCUCCAUAUCUGAAUGAGAAUCCUCUCAGGGCCUUGUACCUGAUUGCCACCAAUGGAACGCCGGAGCUCCAGAACCCAGAGAGAUUGUCGUCCAUUUUCAGAGACUUCCUCAAUCGCUGCCUCGAGAUGGAUGUGGACCGCAGAGGUUCUGCUAAAGAGCUGCUUCAGCAUUCGUUCCUCAAACUGGCCAAGCCUUUGUCCAGCCUGACGCCUCUGAUUGUAGCUGCCAAGGAAGCCAUAAAGAACAGCAGUCGCUAGGGGGCGCCCUCUGUCCUCAUCCAAGGCCAGAGCCCUGCCUUUUAGGGGUGCUUUCAUGAAGGUGAAAGGGAGCUUCUGAUGUAGAAGGGUCGGGCGGAGCUCUGUGACUCUUCUCAAACGCCUUCACCCAAACACCAACGCCCUCAGCCCUCCUAUAUGUACGGUACGAAACGGCGGCCUUGCUGCCUCCGGGCACCGUGCUGCUAAAAAAGACCUUUUUGUUUACGACUUCAGCACUGUACAUGAAGAGCAGUCCAUCACUAGUGUGUGUGCGCGUACAACUGUUUCAUUUCUGUGGGAAGAACAACUACUUCGAAACCAAAAAAGAGGGGACAACAACCCUCAAAGAAGAGCUUUUGGUAUAUGUCAUCAGUAUGGAGAAUAGGUUGCGCCCAAGCCUAUUUUGACUUGUCCGAAAAUCAUUCUUGGACCCAAACUGUACUCAUGUGACUGGAGAAGAAUGAUGUGUACGUGUGUAAAAGCGCAGGUAGAAGGGGAAAGCCAUGCUUAAUGUAAUCUGACCAAAGUUUGAUUUGAGCAUUUUUGAUUGAUCUUGCCCCACUUUAGUGUAGUCUUGCUCUUAUUUAAUCAACGUCAACUCUUUCGCCAGAAUCUUACUCGAAAUCAAAUGAGCAAAUAGAGAAUACUGAUAUUUUUCCAAAUCCAGUGUACGUUUAUACUCUAUUCAUAUUUAUUGCUCAGCCCUUUUAAGCCGCUAAUUUGCAUGUAUGAUGCAAAUUGUAUUCCUCAUUUAAUGUUUAUCGUAUUUCAUUGAUGACUUAAAAACAUCUGUUGUUCAUGUAACUUUUGUUUACAUGAAUUUUUACUGAAUAUUCGGGUCAACGUGAUAUACAGUGAGACUAAAAUCCUAAUGGACUGGAAAAUAUAAUUUUGAAAUAUAAUUUUAGAUUGUAAAUUAUUGGUACAAAUUGUCCAAAAAAAAUGUACAAAUAGUCUGAAUACGUACAUGAUGAAGGAUCCAAUUUAUUGUUUUAAUCAUUGAAGAAUAUUUAUGAUUGUCGUUUCAAUUAAAUACUAACAAUCUGGCUUUUUGUAAUUAAUAUUGAAGUAUUAUACCUCACAGGUCAGUUGUGAUGUCAUUCUGUGUGAGUGGAUUUACAGUAUAUUACUUUCACAAUAUGAAGACAUAUUUUAAACUACUUGUUUAAACCUCGCUGUUCAACAGCAGACAGUAUCUUUAUUGUGUGGUCCGUACAAAGAACGCAAGGAUGAGCCCCUUUUACCUUACUGGAUUGCUUGAGCGUACGAACGAGUGUGCGAGGGCUACCUCAUUCUGCACGAGUCCGAUCCUCCGCCGUGACAUGGAGUGUUAAGGCCAAAUUAUACCGGACGCGUCUGCGGUGCGAAUCUUUCAAGCUCCGUGUCGACUGCAUGCGCCGCAAUAGGUCAUAAAUAGGAUAAAACAUACCAGCUGCGCACAACUGCGGUCCGGCAGCUCUAUCCCGUUUUCUGACUAUGAGCCGCUUUUUUCCUUCAUUUUGAAUCCUGUGGCAUAUAGUCCAGAGCAGCUUAUUUGUUGAUUUAUUUGGGUUAAUAGUAGGGCUGUCAAACGAUUAAAAUUUUUAAUCGAGUUAAUUACAGCUUAAAAAUUAAU